AUGAACUAUUUCAUUGGGAUAUUUAUUUAUUUACUCUUUCUAUUCAAUAAAUCUUCUGGAGACGAUCAUGUCUUGGUAUUGAACGAUCCAUCAUUUGUACAUAACGGUGCGUACGAAAUCGUUUCGGCAAACACACGCGACAAACGUGAUCAAUCAUCAUGGUUUUUUCCUGAAAUUGAUAAAGACCUAGUCUCAUGUGGAAGGAACAUCUACGUCAAACUGUUCACCUGUUCGAACUUACGAGAUUGCAGGGAUUUCUCGUCCUGUUUGGAUUCACUUCGUUGUCCGCUAAAUGUGAAAUCGAAUGGAGCUUUAAUUCUCAAUCUGCUCCGUUUACUUGGAAUGGACAAAUGUACUACCGACGGACAAGACCUUUUAUGUCCACAUGAGAAACGAUUAGUCAUCCUGAAACGAAUAUUUGCUUAUUGGUCUCAUAAUAAAGAUAAUGAGUAUUGCCGUACGAUCUCUGACUUUACAAAUGAAAUCAAGAAAGAAGUACAAGAUCAAUGUCCAUUGAACCUACGACAAGUUGAAGCAUUACUUGAGAAUUACGCGUGUUUACCAUUAAAAGAUGCACUGGCCAGUUUGAGUAGUACAACACCUGCCCAUAUCCUCCCAACAAUUCACGAUGCAUUAACAACGGGAGGAACAGUUUUAUCAUCACAAUUUGCUUAUGUUGACGAAGAUAACGAUCUGAAAUUUGUUGAAUCCGAUAACAAACUUUACAAUACAACUGAACAAAACGUUUUCGUUAAUGACCAUCAAUAUUACAACGUCUCAUAUAUUAUUCCGAAAUCUCAAGGCGGAGCGAUCAAUUUCAUUCAUGACAGUUCUCAAUUUGCUCGGAUUCACGCUCUAGCAAAUCGUCAUCGCUCAGCAUUUGGUAUUCAUUUAAAAUUCGGUUUUCCGUUUUACGGCCAUACAAUUCAUAAAAUUCUCGUAGCAACCGGAGGUUUUAUCUAUACGGGCGAUUUACUGCAUUCGGCUAUGAUUGGAAGUACCCAAUAUAUUGCACCAUUUAUGGCGAAUUUCGAUGCAUCGAUUGGUGGAAAUCAAUCGCAUAUUAGUUAUUACGAUAAUGGAACACAUUUUAUUUGUACAUGGAAUGAACUUUUUCUACAAGAUCAACAAGAUGCUGGUCCAUUUACAUUUCAGGCUGUUUUACAAAAUAAUGGAAAUAUUUACUUUAACUAUUUAAAAAUACCGAAAGUGAAAGUGUCCAGUGCCAAUCAUGCACACCGUAUCGGUGUAUCAGAUGCAUAUUUAUCCCAACACGCGACGAAAGAACAUAUUGUUCGAGUUAUAACACUGUACGAUAAAAUCAAUUUGGAUAAAGAGAAAAUUCACAGUGGAGUAUCAGUGCUUUUGGAUAUGGAUCAGACUUGUAACACAUUUACGGAUUGUACAUCAUGUCUGGCCAAUCGUGGCAAACGAUACAAUUGUUCUUGGUGCGAUGAUAUGCAAAAAUGUUCGAAUGGGUUCGAUCGCUCUCGUCAACAAUGGAUUCGAUCACAGUGUCAUCGACUAGCUUUGGAAGAUACUUGUUCGAAUAAUCUCGAGGAUGCUUAUGACGAUACUAGCUUUCCAUCGACAACUUCGGCACUGUCGGUAGCUCACUAUGAACGACAAAAACAAUAUUCACAUCCGUCUCCUCCAAUUUAUUCAACAUUUCGUACCAUUAUCGUCACUUUGUUAAUGUCAGUUCUCAUUCUGUCUCUUGUCGCACUUGGAGUUACAUAUGUAUAUGCCUAUCGUAAUCCAACGUCACCAGCUGGCAUGUGGCUUCUUGAACAUCGUCCAUCGAUGUAUUUCGACAGACUGAAACGUUUCACUGGUUCGACUUGA